AUGAAUAAAUCCCGGAAAACAGGAUUUGACUGCCCACCACAUCUUUUACAAGUGUUAGCUUGGAUUCUCGAAUUUGCUACAAUUUUUGUGUUUUAUUUUUUUAUUGUCCCAAUCCAGUCACUUUUGAAUCAAAUUUUAAUGUCAGUUUUAUUUGGGAUUUUUCAAUUAGCCUUUAUUUACCAUGCAUUUCUUUUAACGAAAUCUGACCCUACAGACUCAACCUUAAGGCAGAAACCAAGAAUAAUUCGUUCAACUGAUGCAUACUUGACAUAUUGCUCUUUAUGUGUUUCUGAAGUAAGUAAUGAUAGUAAGCAUUGUAUGAAAUGCAAUAGAUGUGUCAGCAAGUUUGACCAUCAUUGCAAUUUUGUGAAUAAUUGCAUUGGGAAAGCUUAAUUUUUAAUUAAACUUAUCCAAAAGUCCUGUAAAUCUAAAGAAUACAAGCCAGUACGACCUUAAAAAGGCUGCUCUGCUGGGAUGAUUAUACGACGCUAUGCCGCGCGUCUGCAAAGGUUGUCCUUCAUGGAAACUAAAAGCAGUUGAAUUUCUUGUCAGCUCUCAGCCAAAAUGGAAAUCUGAGACCGAGAAAGUAUAUCUCUAGCUCUGCUGGGAAGCCCCUUUCCAACCCUCAGCACAUUGCCUUCCGCGGAAAAACCUUGAUCUGCAGUAAAGUAUGCAGCCAAUUAGCUCGACAUUGUUUCUGACCAACCAGCCUUCCUAUCCGCGGUUAUCAGCCAUAAAAGCGUCAAGAGAGUGAGUUGGAUUGCCCAGGCCAUUUUAAUGUAUGGCGUUAGGAAAUGCAAUUAUUGAAUAUUUAUAAAAGUAAUAAUAUUGUUGGAAAUGAUGGAAGUAAUAUUUCUAGUUUGCUGCUCUUAUGUUAUUUAUAUUUGAAAUUUUGACUCAAAUCAUAUAAAAGAUGUGAUAAACGGAAUUUAUGGAGAUAACUCAGAAUUUGGGCUAAUAAUAGCAUGCUGAAUAUUAGGGGUGCUAUCUCUAAUUAUUUUAUUGGCAAAUGGAUAUUUAAUUUCAUUGCACGUUUGGCUAAUAACACAUAAAAUAACAACAUAUGAGCUGAUAUGCAAAAAAAGAUUAAAAAAAACAGGUUUCGACUCAUCUGUAAAUAUUGAUUCAGAUGAGACAAAAAUAAUCCCUUCAGCCCUGACAGGAUCUUCCAAAAGGAAUAUACAUGCAAGCUCUUAA